AGAGAGAGAGAGAGAGUAGAACAGGAGUAGAAGAGAAGGAUACAUUGGGCACUGGGUUUCUUUAUAACCACCGAAGUCCAAAGCUCUCCUACAAACUUAAGAGCACAACACAUAAGAUAGAGAGAGAGAGAGAGAGAGAGAGAGAGAGAGAGAGAGGAGGAGAGGGAUGGCGUCGGAGAAGGUCGAGACGAUCGUCGCGGGGAACUACAUAGAGAUGGAAAGGGAAGGAGAAGAAACAAGCUCAAAGAGCAAGAUAUCAAGGUACUUUUGGCAUGGUGGCUCAGUUUAUGAUGCAUGGUUCAGCUGUGCUUCUAACCAGGUGGCUCAAGUGCUUCUCACACUGCCAUACUCAUUCUCUCAGCUGGGGAUGGUCUCAGGAGUGCUUUUUCAGCUGUUCUAUGGGCUGAUGGGGAGUUGGACUGCUUAUCUUAUCAGUGUGCUCUAUGUGGAAUACAGGACUAGAAAAGAGAGGGAGAAGGUGGAUUUCAGAAACCAUGUUAUUCAGUGGUUUGAAGUUCUUGAUGGGCUGCUGGGGAAGCACUGGAGGAACAUUGGUCUAUUCUUCAACUGCACUUUCCUUCUCUUUGGAUCAGUAAUCCAACUCAUUGCAUGCGCAAGCAAUAUCUAUUACAUAAAUGAUAACCUAGACAAGAGGACAUGGACAUACAUCUUUGGGGCAUGUUGUGCCACCACUGUUUUCAUCCCCUCCUUCCACAACUACAGGAUCUGGUCCUUCCUGGGCCUGUUAAUGACUAGCUAUACUGCAUGGUAUCUCACCAUUGCAGCCUUACUUAAUGGCCAGGUGGAAGGUGUUAAGCACUCAGGUCCAGCCAAGAUGGUCCUGUACUUCACUGGAGCUACAAACAUACUCUACACCUUUGGAGGCCAUGCUGUUACAGUAGAGAUCAUGCAUGCGAUGUGGAAGCCGCAGAAGUUCAAGCUUGUGUACCUCUUUGCAACUUCGUAUGUGCUGACACUCACACUACCCUCAGCUGCUUCAAUGUACUGGGCUUUUGGAGACAUGCUUCUAAAUCACUCAAAUGCCUUCGCUUUACUCCCAAAAUCUGGGUUCAGAGACACUGCAGUUAUACUCAUGCUCAUUCAUCAGUUCAUAACAUUUGGAUUUGCGUGCACGCCGCUCUACUUUGUGUGGGAGAAGGUCAUCGGCAUGCACGAGACGAAGAGCAUCGUCAAGAGGGCGAUCGCGAGGCUGCCGGUGGUGAUCCCGAUUUGGUUCCUCGCGAUCGUGUUCCCCUUCUUCGGCCCGAUCAAUUCGACCGUCGGAUCGCUGCUUGUGAGCUUCACUGUGUACAUAAUUCCGUCCCUGGCGCACAUGAUAACCUUUGCUCCCGCUUCUGCUAGAGAGAAUGCUGUGGAGAGGCCACCAACAUUCUUAGGAGGAUGGGCGGGUCUAUACUCGGUGAAUUGCUUCGUGGUGGUGUGGGUUUUUGUGGUUGGGUUUGGGUUCGGUGGGUGGGCGAGCAUGGUCAACUUCAUUCGUCAAGUGGACACAUUUGGGCUCUUCAACAAGUGUUACCAGUGUCCACCCAAGCACUAGGUUUGCCCCCACCUUUUGAGAGUGAGGGAAAAAAAAGAAAAAGAAAAGAGAGAGAGAGAGAGAGAGAGAGAGAGAGAGAGAGAGAGUUGUGUGUGUGUGAAAGUGCUUGUCUACUAAUUAAGAUUGUAUGUAUGUAUGUUUUAAUGAAAUGCUACUUAGAAAUCAGAGUACUCUCUCUCU